CUUAGUCGCAAGCUAGACACUGAGGAAUAAGGUCGUGUCAGAGCUACGCUGCACUGUGGUGGAGUCUGACUGCUACCAUUUCUUUCCGCAAGUGACGAGACGGAGAAAUUCCAGCAUCAUGAUGAAAUGCCUGUUGGUGAUGGCGCUGUUCGGCGCCCUGGCGCUCACGUGCUCGGCCUACAGCAGGGGAGCGCCCCAAGGGGCCUGUGACACCAUGGAACCUCUGGGGCACAGCGGCGCCAGGAGGAACCCAGCGCCCAAUCCGUACAGCCUCUCAGCGCCCAGCAAGGCGAACCCCUCAGACACCAUCACAGUUGAGCUGAGCGGCGCUGACUUCAAGGGGUAUAUGAUCCAAGCGGUGACACCUAAAGGACAAGUGGUUGGCACCUUCACCACCUCCGGCCUCUCUUGCAACCCGCAGACUCAGGCACGCGACACGGCGACGCACAGCAGCUCAAACGUUGUACGGAACAUCACCGUGCAAUGGGUGGCGCCUCCUGAUGCUGCGGGAAUCGUUUAUUUCAGAGGCACGGUUGUCCAGGACUACAGCAACUACUAUACCAACAUCUACUCCAACCCAGUUUCUUUUGGCCCAGCAGAAUAAAGUGUCUUCAUAAUUACCUGCCAUUGCAAGUACCUCUAAUUUCAUGACAUCAAUUCUUCCCUGAUGAAAUUAUAAUAAAUCGUAACAGAGAAAUUAUAUAUUUGGCUAGAGAAGUGUAAUUAAAAUGUUACUUGGCGCUUGGGAUGAACAACUACCUUAGCUAUUAUGUCUGAGAGCGUAGCCACCAGUGACACAAGCCUAUAAUAAAUUUACGGGAAAGUACUGAAACGUUUAUACAAUACAUAUGUUAAUAUUAAUGCAUUAGAUUAUAAGAUUGAUUUGCUGUUGUGCUCAAAUAAAUUAUGUAGACUUUU